CGAAGCAGUAAUGAUGGACCUUAAGAUGGCUUUGAGAAAAAGUGUUUGUAGAUUGGUAAUUUUCGUUUAUCUGCUGCAAAUGUUACAAUUCAGUACGUCUGCCAUAUUGGAAAGUUGUCCAAUGUUGAGUAGGAACCAUUCUAUGACACAAACAGAGCUUUUGCAAGAAUUAACGAACGACUGCCGUUACGAUAAAAUGAUUAGGCCAUCAGGAGAAACGAAUGCUACGGAUCCAAUUAAAGUGUACACUAGGGCAUAUAUUUACACGAUUAAAUCAAACAUGGCGAAAACACUGCAGUUUGACGUACACAUGAUGUUGCAAUUUAGAUAUCUAGACGAGAGAUUGAAAUUCUCUGAUAUUGCGCCUGAUUUGAGCCAAAUAUAUGGCGGACAGCUUGCGUACAAUUUAAUUUGGACGCCUACCGUUUAUGUUUCCAACGAACGUAGCUCGACCAUAAUGGGAAGCGGCGUUAAGGAUCUACUUGUUUCCAUAGAUCCGUCGGGUAUGGUCGUAUGGAACACUAGAUUACAAGCUACCCUUAAUUGUGGCCUUCGUUUGGAAAAGUUUCCAUUUGAUGUUCAGGAAUGCCCGCUUGUCUUUGAAAGCUGGACGCACAACGUGAACGAUAUGAUGCUCUAUUGGGACCAAGAACCAAUCAUACUCGCAGAUGAACUGCAUUUAACCGAAUACAAACUCAUCGACAAGUGGGUUAACACAUCGGAAGUCUUCUACGCCACGUCGCAGCAACAUUAUGGCCACUUUGCUGGUAACUUCAGUACAAUUAGCAUAACUUUCAAGUUGUCGAGAGAGAUGGGAUUCUUCAUGAUGGACUACUAUAUACCAUCUAUACUAAUUGUAGUAAUUUCUUGGGUAUCAUUCUGGUUACAUAUGGAUGCAAGCCCACCGCGAAUAGUUUUAGGAACGAACACUAUUUUAACGUUCAUGACCCUUGCAUCGAAAGUAGAAAACUCGUUACCAAAAGUUUCAUAUAUAAAGGCCAGUGAGAUAUGGUUCUUAGGUUGCACAAUAUUUUUGUUCGCAGCAAUGGUUGAAUUUGCUUUCGUCAAUACAAUCUACAGACGAAAGAAAAAUGUGCCUUUAAAGAAGGUAAAUAGCAAAUACAUAUUAAAGUCUACGCUGACGCCAAAAUUGGCACGAAAACAAUUUCAAAAAAAUACUACGGGCUUGGAACGAUCGCGAUCUUGGUCUUCGCUUGAUAAUGCAAACAGUAUCGGACAAGAUUACACGAGUCAGAAUUAUCUGACUGUACACAGUUUUCCAAGCACUCUGAAUAUUCCUUCGGUAAAAAUUGACGAGGACAGAGACCAGGAAUGCUCCGUAGAGAGUAUAACUUCUGUGAAUAGUACUCUACCGCCAAAAUCUUUCUCGAGAAGGGCAACCCUUGCACAGUUGCACAACUUCACAACUAUGACACCGCAAGAAAUUGCACAGUGGAUUGACAGGCGUAGUAGAAUAGUAUUUCCAGUUGCUUUUAUCAUAUUUAAUAUUCUUUACUGGUCUUUUAUUUGGAUAUGAGGAUCCAGCGAUUAAAAUUGGACAAGCUUUGACCAGUCAAAUAAUAUAGCUUUUUAAUUAGA